AUGGUAUCGAAAGGUGAUCUCGGGGGUUCGGUCGAAACUGGCCGGGAAGCGGUGAUGAUAGCAGGUGGUCCGGCCGACCCUGGCCGGGAUACGGCGAUGGUAGACGCCCGUGUGAGUUUGCCGAUAAUCCUGGCUCUAAACGGCGACGAAGGUAGCCCGGGAGGUAUAUCGGGUGCUGAUCGGCUGCCGGGUGGGCAACGUCAAGCUACUAGCGCCGGCAUAGCUGUGGCAGAUCGGGAACUGCAAGAAUGGAAAAGAAGAGCCGAAGCGGCCGAAAAGGCUCUGUUUGAGGCCAAGGAGAAUGCAAAGCUGGCUGAAGCGCAGGAGACGCCGAAGGGACCAACGAAUCCACGUCUGGAGAAAAGAGAUAGAGAAACGCCAGGAGACAAAGAGGACCCCAAAAACACAAGGACGACGAAUACAGGGACAAUGAGCAAGAAGAUGGAGAAGAAAGUGAUUGGCGUAAAGUCGAAAACCAGAAGGAGAAGAGGAAAAAAACUGAAGGAAGAGGAACAAAGGACGAAGGAACAGAAGAAGAAGGAGGUGAAGGGAAAGAAACAUGAAGAGGAAGAGAAGAAGAAGAAGAAGAAGAAGGAAGAGAGGAAGAAGGAAGUCAAGAAGAAGGAAUUUUUCAAUGCUGGGGCAGUGGACUGGGGAAGCAGAUGUACCAACGCAAGAGGGUAUAGCCUGCUGGAAGCUCUGGCAAAGUUAGACGUCAGUCUGGCCAACGAAGGAACCAUCAGCACCUUCCGCAAAGAUGGUAGGGAAUCCAUUAUCGACGAAAACGAAAGUAAGCAAGUGGAGGUGGAAGACGAAGGCAUUCGACAAGGAUCUCUUUGUAGAAGCUCUCCGGGUAGACAGACGCGUCCCAGACCAAAGCGCGGACGAAUUGACCGAAUCGUUAACGAGGGCAUGCGACACAACCAUGCCGAGGAAAUCGGAGCCAAGGAACAGACGGCGCCCAGCUUACUGGUGGAACGAGGCACUUAG